ACACACCGUCCCCCGUCCACACACACACACCUCCUCCUCCUCAUCGCUGAUGCUGCAGCGGCGGCGGGCGCGGGGUGUGAGUGAGGAGGAGGGUGACGGCAGUGGGGCGGGCGGCCCUGGAGCUGCGAGGACCCCGCCGGCCCACAAUGGUCACCGGUCACUGUCUCCGCCGCCACUUGAGGUGAAGGUGAAGGUGAAGGUGAUUGUUUAAAUUCAACAUGAGUCUUAAAACAGUUUGGAAGAAUUACAGAUUUGUAAUUGUUAUGGGAACAAGUCUUGCAUUGAUUCAUUGGGGAUGGUACAACAUCAAGUCUAGUGAAACUUUCAAGACCAGAAACCAAGACUAUGUUGCAGAGCCCGGAAAUGUGACGCAUAUCGUUCAGCAGGAGAGCCAGCCUGAUCGGAAGCAGUGACUUGCCUUUGUGAGGCAGAGUUAAAUCGGAUUGCAGCUGCUGCAUUGCAAACUCCCGGUUGAGGAAUGAAGAAUAGAAGGUGGCUCCGACAAAACUGGCUUCUCGUGGCAGGACUGACUUUAUUUGGGAUUCAUUCAGUCACAUAUUUGAUGCAGAAGUUUGUGAAAAAAUCGACCCAAUCCAGCUUAGAACUGAAGAAGAAGAAUGGUGAAUAAAUAUUACCCCAGAAAUGCCGUGCGGGAUAAAUCUUCUACAGUCUUGUCCAGAUUUUGCUCCUCGACUUCAGUUUACAAUGAAAUCUCCUUUGAGAAAUGACUAGUAAUUUUCAUUUUAUUUUAUUAAAUGGCUGGCCUCUGCAGCAGACCUACAAGGAUUCUGCUUAUGUCAGAUUUUAAAUGUUGUAUGUAACCUUUAGUUUUCACCAAGAAAUAAAACAGCUGUUCUUCAACACAGGCUUCUGUCUUUAAACCUUUUGCCCGAAUGAAAAAUGGCCUACAUUGCACCUAAAGUAUCAUCUACAUGCAGUUCUGGACCCUUAAAUAACAAUGUGCUUUGUCAAGCCCUUUCCACUCUAAGAGGGAUUGUGGAGUCCUGCUAUGGUCCAUUCGGUAGAUUAAAACUUAUUCAUAAUGCUGUUGGAGGCAACGUUCUAACCACAUCACACUCUUCUGUCCUUUUGGGUAACCUCUCUGUGUCCCAUCCUGUGUUAAAGCUGCUCGUAGCUUCAAUGUUGAAUCACCUUUCUCGAUUUACCGAUUCUGGAUUAUUUGCAACCAUUCUGUGCUGCAAUUUAACAGAGAGUGCAAAGCAACUUGAUGUACCAAGCAGUCACAUUGUCAGGAUCCAGAAAGAUCUUCUGGAUAUUUGCACUGACUAUCUAAGAUCUGAGGACUGUGGCUGCAGAAUACAAAUAGACUUUAACAACAUAAAGACUUUGCUUUCACUUGUUCGCACGGCGAUAAAUAAACCUACUUGCAUGUUGACCAUCAAAGAGGCGGACUACAUCAGCUCCUUAGUGUUACAAGCGUUCUUUCAUACCAUCCCAUCAAUAAUUGGCGAUACCCUGUCUUUGGGAAAGAUGCUGAUUACUCCCAUUGAGGGACAGAGUGUUAGUGACUCCUGCAUACUUUCUGGAAUCCUCAUAGAAAUAUUUGCAUCUCAUUCGGUGAGAGUUGAUGCCACAAAGUUGACUUAUGGUUGCAUUAAGAUUGCAGUAUUCAGUGUCUCUAUGUCAGGAGAUGUCGUGGACAGCGGCGAUGGGCACUGGGAGGUGACGUCAGGUUUCUGCCCAGAAGACGAAUCACUUGUACAGCUGCUGAAGACGGGAAAGCAGCUCGUUUGUGAUCAAGUUCAUCUCGUCGUCUGCCAGAAAGUAAUUCAUCCAGUUCUUAAACAGUAUCUCCAGGAGCACCAUGUAAUCGUGGAAGAUCGCCUUGGUCUUGCUGUAAUGGAGCCCCUGAUUCAAAUGGCAGGUGCACGCCUCAUUACUUCAUACUAUCAUCCCGUUUCCCCCAACUGCUACGGCAGCAUUAAGAAUCUGUUACUUGUGAAGUGUGGUUCUCGGCAAUUCCUGCACCUCCUUCCAAAUGGAAACAAGCCUAUAUGUACCUUGUUACUAUGCAAUCGAAGUGAAGCUGGACUGAAUGAGCUAAAGGUUGUUUGUCAAUCAGCAGAAUGUGUCUUGCGCCUUGCACUCAAAGAGCCAUAUGCUUUACUUGGAGGAGGUUGCACUGAAUGUCAUCUGGCGACAUACAUUGGCUAUAAGGUGCACUGUGUGACUGACGAUAAACUAGCCGAGAUGUGCUGCUCCCGAGCACAAUAUAAAAUUGUUGCUGAUGAUUUCUGUCGCUCGCUGGACCGAACUGCAUCUUCACUGGAGCAUGACGGUGGGGAGAACUUCAUUGAUGCCAAGUAUGGUCAUCGUUGGUCUGUCCUGGCCAAUAUGCCUCUCAAUAGCCACUGGUCUGAGGUAUUUUCAAGAUGUGUUUGUGGAUCAUACACUGCACACCAAAACCUGGACUGGACUAUUCUAGGUACUAAGAGAACAAUCGUAAACCUGGAAAUGCCUCCUGAGAAACCUAGUGAUUACUCCCCUGGUCAAUUAAUACUCGACUCCUACACUGUGAAACUUAACGCUUUACAAGUAGCGGUAGAAACAGCUAAUUUGAUAGUUGAGUUACAAUAUGUUAUUCAGGAUCGGAAUUAAGCUUUCAUGCCCUGACUAUAAUUCAAGUCUGGUUUUCUAAUCCAUCUCAGUGCUCGACAUCGAGUCUAGCUUUCUUCCAAGUGUCAUUGCUAUAAUAAAUUAGAAAGGUCCCCUGCCAAAGUUGUAGAUAACUAUCAGAACAAGAAUAAUGCAUACUUGUCCUUCCCUGCGCAACUUAAUGCAGUAAUUUCUCUGAUUGCCAAAGAUCAAGGAUCAGGAAUUAGCAUUUAGAUGGUCUGGUUGUAUAGUGCGUUAAUGCACUUAUUUUGUAUGUUCAAACACUAAAGGGCCUGUCCCACUUGUACGAGGUAAUUCAAGAGCUCUCCCGAGUUUAAAAAAAAUAAUCAAACACGUGGUAAGUACCUAGAAUGUACGUAGCGGGUACGUCGGAGCUCGGGACGUCUCUUAGCGGCUCGUAACGCUAACGGCAGGUACUCGGGAAACGUGGUAAGCUCGUGAAGAUUUUUCAACAUGUAAUUACCGGUUAUUACCGUAAUUCUCCGAGUUCGAAUCAGGGGAAAGUCGGGAGAACUCUUGAAUUACCUCGUACAGUGGGAUAGGCCCUUUAGGGGCCUGUCCCACUUAUGCAAUUAUUUUCCGGCGACUUGCCGGCACCCGUCAUAGUCGCAGUAGGUGGCCGAAAAUGUUCAACAUGUUGAAAAUCCAGCGGCGACCAGAAAAAGGUACAUCUCUUUGAGCGACUACUCACGACCAUGCAGGCGUUACCCUGGGACAUGUCAACACGUGACGUCUGUAUGGUCGUGAGUAGUCGCCCAAAGAAUUUUUAAUAAUUGGUUUUAAUAAAUCAAUAAUUUAAUCAAGAAUUCUAAUAUUAUUAAUCCUAUUCCAUUAAUAUCUUAACUAGAUUUGCAGGGGUUUUAAUUUAGGGUGGAUAGCAGCCUCAACGUUAAAACAACCAAUUUGAAAAUAAAACUCUUGAAUUAAAACUGAAGAGAACUAAAGGCAAACCAAAAGUGGAAAUUUAUGUUUAAUCUGCGAAGAAAUUGCAUGAUUUUGAAGGUGAUAUUUGGUAAAUGCCAUUUUCCUGUUGGAGGAACGAGACCCAAUGCAGAAUGUACACAUGUAGGAUUUUCGGAUGAAGAUUACUUCAUGUAGUUUAAGGCGGUUAGCGAGGGCAUCGAAUGCAAGAUUUGUGGAAUACAGGGGUUUGAUCAUUGUUCCAGUCGCAACAAGGGUGAGAUAAGAGAAGAGCUAGGUGUUACGCAGGUAAAAUAAACAGAAACAGUUGUUUGGAAAUGGAGUUUGUAGCUAAUCUAUUUAAAAUAAGGGAGUAUCUGAAAACAUUACUGAAAUCAGAGGCUAAGGUGUAAAGAUAUUUUAUGCCUGCCAUGCCAAUGGUUCUGUCACUGAUUUUACCAGUGUUCAUUUGGCAAACCUUGUCAGUUUUGUACGAAGUUCAUUCGUCUGAGAAUACCGGGGAACAUAUAGACCAACGGUAUAUUUGGAAGUAACCUACCAGUGAUCACUGAUUCAAGUUCAUUGGAAUACACAUAUGGGAUGUACUGUAAUAAUUUUGCACUUGGUCUUGGAAAUUUUUGAUUUCACUGCCAAUCAGUGGCUUGUGUUUGUUUAAUGUUUGAUUGAAGUCUUCAUAGAGUUUCCAAACUUAAA